AUGGUCAGGCAGCCCCUGGAUGCGUCACCCGGAUUUUUGCCUGCACUCUUCCAGCUGCAGGAGGGAGAGUUGAUUCUCAUAAGCAAUGAGCAAUGUGCAGCAGAGUAUAUGCAUCCAUCUGGUGUACAGGACCCCAGUGAAUUUCAGGGUGAUUCUGGGGGCCCCCUUGUCUGCCCCGUACAAGGUGUCUGGUACCUGAUGGGGGUGGCCAGCUGGAGUGCAGAAUGUGUAGCUCCUGUUGGCCCCAACAUCUUCUCCAGGAUCACCUACUUUAUCAACUGGAUUCAAGAGAAGAAGCAGGCCAAUCCUGAUCCUGACAUCUCCUUGGCCCCUCCUCAGGAAAAGCCGCUGGCACUGACUGGCUUAAAUUCUCAGGGCACUGUUGAACCCCAGAUAUUCAUAGUCCUGCUAUCUUCUCAGAUCUUCCUGCUACAGCUUAUUUUGCUCAGGAAUCUGUAACAGGACCACUGCACCCCUGAGAAGCACAAGCUUCUUCCACACAAGGCUCCUGGCUGAGUUCUACACUAUCCUUCUGUGCUUCUAUCUCUGGGCUUGUCUGUCCAUCUGAGGCCAACUAUGUUCCAGAACAAAAUAAAAACAAAUGAA